AUGGCUCUGCGGCUCCUGCUCCAGCUCGCCCUGCUCGGUCUUGGCACCACCAGGCCCUUGGUCCGGGGCCGCAGCUUGCACGCACCAGCGGUUGCCUGGCCAUCUUUCUUCAACCUCAACUCACCCCUGGAAGUUCAUGAAACCAUCCAGAUUCCCAGCAACGGGAGCGCGCCCCUGCGCGUGGAUGUGCAGGUGUUCGUGACAAACGUGUUCAACGUGGACAUCCUUCGGUACACGGUGUCCUCCAUGCUGCUGCUCCGGCUGUCCUGGCUGGACACGCGCCUGGCCUGGAACACGAGUGUGCACCCACGGCGCGCGCUUACACUGCCCUGGGACUCACUGUGGACACCGGAACUCACUAUCCAAGAGGCGCUCUGGGUGGACUGGCAGGACCAGACCCCACAGGCCCAAGUGGACCAAGAUGGCCACGUCGAGCUCGAUCUGGCCCUCACCACGGAGACCAACUGUGACUUCGAGCUCCUCCACUUCCCCAGAGACCAGAGCAACUGCACCCUCAGCUUCUACGCCCUCAGCAACACGGUGAUGGAGCUGGAGUUCCAGGCCCACGUGGUGAACGAGAUCGUGAGUGUCAAGAGGGAGUAUGUACUUCGGGAUUUGAAAACCCAGGUCCCGCCCCAGCAGCUGGUGCCCUGCUUCCAGGUGAAGCUGCACCUACAGAACACAGCGCUGAAGGCCAUCCUGGCUCUGCUGGUCCCCGGGGAGGCGCUGCUGUUGGCUGACAUGUGCGGGGGGCUGCUGCCCCUGCAGGCCCCGGAGCGUAUGGCGUACAAGGUGACCCUGCUGCUGGGCUACCUCGUCUUCCACUCCUCCCUGGUGCAGGUCCUGCCCAGCUCCUCCUCCUGCAACCCACUGCUCAUUCACUACUUCACCAUCCAGCUGCUGCUGCUCUUUGUCAGCACCGUGGAGACAGUGCUGUUGGCAGGGCUCCUGGCCCGGGACCACCUCAGGGCCAAGCGCAGCCCUGGCCCAGCCCCGAGAGGGGAGCAGCAAGCUCAUGAGGAGGCAGGGCCGAAUCCUGAAGAGGCCCCCGGAGGAGCGGGGUCACGGAGGAGCUGGGCUGAGGCUGCCGACCACACCUUCUUCCUGCUCUAUGUGGCAGGGGUGGUGUGCAGCCAGUUCAUCUUCAUUGGACUCUGGAUGUGGGCGACGUGCAAAUCUGACCCAGCCCCUGGCGAGGCCGUACCCCACGGGGGACAGCCGAGGCCAUAACAGGGCAGGGCCGGGGCAGCCGGCCUG